AUGUCUCAAAAAGACAUCAAAGUGAGGAAACCCCUGGUGGAGAAGCUCCGCAGAGAUCGCAUCAACAGCUGCAUCGAGCAGCUCAAAGUCAUCCUGGAGAAAGAGUUUCACAAGCAGGAGCCCAACUCCAAGCUGGAGAAAGCCGACAUCCUGGAGAUGACCGUGAACUUCCUGAGGCAGCAGCUGCAGUCGGGCCUGUGUCAGAGCGACUACAACCAGGGCUACUCCCACUGCUGGAGGGACUCUGUGGCUCCUCUGCAGGGCCUCCAGCAACAUGACCAGAGAUCCAGCAGCUCCAUCCGUAGGUCCACCACCCUGCAGGACAGCAGAGACGCAGUGUGGAGGCCUUGGUAG